AUGGCCACCAUGAACCAGUGUCUCGCCUCGCUGGCGAGACUGAGCCUGUCGUCCGCCUCCAGGCCCGCCGCCGCCUCCAUCCCGCGUUUCCUCGCCCCGUCCAUCGUCCAGACCCGAUGCGCCAGCGGCGGCAACUCGUCCAUGCAGGCCCGCGUCCGCGCAAAGGAGAAGCUCAAGAAGAAGAAGAAGCAGCAGCGCUUCAAGGAGUACAAGUACGCCGUGCCGAGCAAGGAGGAGCAGUACUCCCUGUGCGAUGCCAUGAGAUACCUCCGUGCCGCAGAGGUCGGCCGGCCUCCCAGCUCCGUCACCUACGAGGUCUCGCUGCGCUUCCGAGCCAUCAAGAACGGUCCCGUCAUCCGAAACCGCGUCCGCUUCCCCUACCCCGUCAAGAACGACACCCGCAUCGGCGUCAUCUGCCCCGAGGGCAGCGGUGCCAUGCACGACGCCAAGACGGGGGGCGCCGUGGCCUUUGGCGAGGACUCGCUCUUCGAGAUGAUCAAGACCCAACCCAACAGCCUGCCCUUCAACCGCCUCAUCUGCCACGUCGACUCCGUCGCCGCCAUGAACAAGGCCGGCCUCGGCCGCAUCCUGGGUCCCAAGGGCCUCAUGCCCAGCUUGAAGACCAACACCAUCACCAAGAGCGUCAAGCACAUGAUGCACGAGAUGGUCGGCGCCGAGCAGUACCGGGAGAAGAUCGGCGUCGUCCGCAUGCCCAUCGGCAACAUCCUCUUCACCCCCAAGCAGCUGUCCGAGAACGUCAAGGCCAUCGUCUCCCAGGUCAAGGCCGACAUCACCGCCCUGGAGGAGAAGACAAACAUCAACAAGGACCUGAUCGAGGUUGUCCUGACCUCGACCAACGGCCCUGGCUUCCCCCUGAACGGUGGCUUCAUGCCGACCGACCCCCAGGUCGACGUCUCGCACCUGAGCACUACCAUGUAA